AUGGCAUCUGUUUCUACGGCUCCGGCGCCGGGAAUGCAUCAAAUCGAUUUAUCCAAGUUAAACCUUCAUCAGCUGGCUCAAUUAAAACAACAAAUGGAUCAAGAGUUAAACGUUUUUCAAGAUUCUUUACAAACUCUCAAGAUGGCUCAAAGCAAAUUUGUGGAAUCUGGAGAAAGUGUGGAAAAAAUAACACCAGCAACAAAAGGGAAAACUGUCUUGGUUCCGCUAACGGGCUCGAUGUACGUACCUGGUACAAUAGCAGAUACAGACAAUGUUAUAAUUGAUAUUGGAACAGGCUACUUUGCACAGAAGGAUAUUGAUGGAGCAAAAGAUUAUUUUAAAAGGAAAGUUCAGUUUGUAACAGAACAAAUGGAAAAAAUUCAAGUGCUAGGAAUAGAAAAGUCAAAAGUGAGGGAAGCUAUUUGUAUGAUGAUGGAAAUGAAGAUGCAGGCUCAAGCUCAGGCACAGAAGGCCCCAACCUCAUAA